AUGAAGGGCAUGUUUUGCUCUCUUCACCCUUUUCCCCUGAAAAAGAGGGAGGCCAGUGUGUGUCCCAGACUUCGGGCCAAUCAAGGGGAAUUGGAUCAAGUGUCUCCGGGAACAAAGGGUCCAUGCCCUGGUCUGCCCACCCCUCCUGAGUGCUCUGGCUUCACACGCUCUCUCCCCUUCACACCACAGCCACUCCCGCUCUGGACACACGGAGCUCUGUCAGUCACCUCACCUCCAGAGUCACCAGGCCCUCAUCCACUGUUUCCUCCCCACCCACUGGCCUCCGUCCUCACGGCAUCUUCCCAGCGCUUGCUGAGGUUGCAGUUGGCAAACUCAUAUACUUGUUCAGUCACGCUCGGCCUCCAGGCAUUGACUUCUCCUGACCAUUCUCCGUGA